AUGAAUGGCACAAGACACCAGUCGCUGUUCUUCGUCAAUCUGCCUGAGUUACAAAAACUCUGUGCCGUUAAGGUUACACUGAAUUCUAAAUUGGCAGAAAAUGAGAUUAGGAAUACACAGAUGAAGAUUUGCAGGCAAUUGUUAUUUCUUCAUCAAGACAUCCUUUCCUCACCUGUCCCUGGAACACUGAAUCAAAUUUCAGUUGUAAUGGCGAUAUCUUUUUACAAAACAGGAAAAUGUCAGGCUUAUGUUGAGAAACAUGGAGCUACAAUUGAGGCUCCAGAGAGAGUUGGCCCAGCCAUCCUUCAACCAUGUCUCUGUUACACACUUAUAACCCGACUUGCCCCCAGCUGGAAUAAGGCUGGUCAUCUGUUGGUACAAGGAAACAAAUUUUUGUCUCAUAUGGGAAGGCAAAAUGCUGUUGUCAUGGACCUCAAUGUAUCGGAGACCCAACUUUGCAUCAGUGUAGAGGCUUGCACAAUUCGACUACCGCCACCCAAGCUGGAAGACUUUGACAUUUCAGCAAACAUCUUAGAAAUAUUUGACAACAAUAAAAAUACAGUCAUUCAGAGACACUCCAUUUUAAGUAACUGGUGCUAUGUCUUGCCAAGCAUGAAAAUGGGUCAGAUCAUAAGUAUUAGCCAUAUAAUUCCACCAGAGUCUCCUUUUCAUUCAUACAAAGAUUUUCAGAUGCACUGGAAGAAUCUGUAUGGGUAUAUCCUUCCAGAGGAUCAUGGAGAGACAAAAAUAUAUUGCAGUGUUUACUUCAAACUGAUAGGGGAACGGCUCUUUACAUAUCCUUUAUAUAUAUUUUCUUUUUUAUUUUGCAUAAGAAGCCAACCAGUCCAAUAUUUUAAUAGAAUAGAUUUAGAAGGUGUGUUAAACUCUUUUCUUUCUGACCUAAAGUCUAAACUUCCUCAUCUAUGUGGAUUUCCAGUAAAAAUGACAAGUAAAGCAUUGUAUGCUACAAAGGAACUCAUCAAACAUCCCAUGCAUGGAGUAAAUGCCAAGCCUGCAAAUCUGACUGGCAAACCGAUAUGCAAGGGAUCUCUGACUCAGGUACCUCCAAGGAGAGAGACUUUGCAGCAGACUUCUUCAAAAGGCAGUUCAAGAAUUAGCCACAGGAUGGAGCUUUUGAUCAAUCAGCCAAAACAAUGUAUUUUCUCAAAUCUCAUUCGGUGUCCAGAGGAUUCUGUUGCUGAGGCCAUGAAGAAAACAGUGCAUAGUAGACAGCAGCAGCAGACUCCAGGAGCGUCAGGGGUACCAGGUCACUCAAAUGAAUCCUUAAGAAUGUCUAAGAAUUCAUCUGUGGAUUCUCAAAGGAACAAUGCCACUAGAAUUAUACCUAUUUUCAAAGGAAAAUUGUUGCAAAUGGAUGUAAAGGCCACAAGAGCCAAUGAAGGAAAGAAAAAAGUGAGUGUUUUACAGCAUUCUCCAAAAGUAGUUAGAGAUGUCACCAUGUCUAAAUUAACUGUAUGCAACCCCAGUGUAAAUCAGGUAUACAAACCUGUCCAAAUUGUGUCAUUCAAAAAUCCUACUAAUGGCACUAUUGCUCAGAGAAUGACUGGGAAAACAAGUGUAAAAAGUGGUAGAUCUGUAUGUGACCAGAAAAAAGAAACUAGUAAGCAGCUGACAAAUUCUGCUUUUUCUAAUAGCCCAUCUUCAGGUAGGAAUUCAAGUAGAGGCAAACCUGAGAAGAUAAAUUAUUCUUCAUUAUCUGCUAAUGACAAAUCAGUGUUUCAGAUAUCAAAUGCCAAUCUAGGUUUGAAAAAACCUGCACUACUCAGUUCUACUACAAAAAAGGAGGGAAAGUUAUCAAAUCAAAACACCACUAAAAUACUCGGGGAAAGUCGCAGUUCAAAGAAGGUACAUAUACAGAUUUCUGAGUCAAACAAAGAAAUUGUGAACACCAGCGUAUCACAGCAUCAAACAAAGAGCCCAACUGAAGGAGCAGGGUUAAAUAUUCUCAGAUUGGUUUUAAACAGUACAGUGCACAGAGCCAAAAGAGAAGAACAUCAACAAUCAUUAAUUCCAUCAAAGGAGUAUAUCACCAAGACAACCAGUCACCAUUCACAAGUCAACUAUGAGCAGAUGUUGACAGUGAAUGAUCCCUUGCACUGGGAAGUAGUGACCUCAAAACAGAUUUACUCAAAGAUGGAGACCCAUUUGAAAACAACUUCAAAGAAAAGUUGUGGCAAAAGAAGCAGGAAGAAGGAGGAGGUUAUUCAAAGUCAAAGAAAUCCAAAACAAGUAAGCCUGCUAUCUAGAAUGUGGAUGUAAAGGAGCAUAGAAAGAAAAAUCAGGCACAGGACAGAACAGAUGUCAUUGUUGGCAUUUGUCUCAUCGUGUGGAGAGGAACUUUUCUGCCAGAACCAUAAGGAAGUUUGUUUAUUUGUUUGUUUCCAUGUUUGUUUUCCACCUCAUUUUUUUUCUUUUUUAAUGAUAAAGAGUCAUCAGCAUAGUUUCAAUUUAUCUAUGCCAGUUCCCAGAGGUAACUGGGCACUUGAACAGAAUCUGACUUACACACAAAUUAAAAAAACUAGGGCCCAAGUAAGUCCACAGAACUGGAAGUGAAAUCACAUUUGUGACUGCUGAACAUUAGAAUGCAAAAGCACUUUUCAGAUACUGCAGAACAGUCAUCCCUACACAGUUCUGACUACAUUUCCGCAGUGAAACAAUUAAACAAGAUGGGCUGCAGAGUGGUUACGUUUCCUUUCUGCUAAAUUAUCAGUUAUUGUUAUAUCUGACUUAGUUGCUGGGAGCUCUCAUCCCAUAAAUGUUCCUUGUCUCCAUGCA